UUUCACGUCAUCGUAUUCGUUUGAAUCAAAAUGACAGAUUGCAGAUGAAAAUAGAUUCAAAGGCGUCAGCGAGUUCGAAGAAACACUGUAUGCGACUUGCGUGUGUGUGAUGGAUAGAAAGGCUGUGUGUGUGACAUGCGUGUGAGGUGUGUAUGUGUGAUGGAGAGAAAGGGUAUGUGUUACUGUGUUUCUGUGCAGUGGGAUUAGUGACACUGGUGUUAUUUAAAGCGGCGUGCUAUAGUGUGGAGCUGCCAGACAGUGUCUCAGACACAGCAGGAGAGGAUGCAGAAGAUCUACGUGCAGAGUGAUGGGCACUUUGAGGUGUUCACCACUGUCUUCUCCCCACAAGCUUGUAGAGCAAGAACAAGAUACAGGCCUAGGGAAGCAGUGAAGGUGGUAGCAGCAGUCAACUACAGGCCUCAAUGGCCAGAUGAACUUCAACUCUGUCAGGGUGACGUCAUCCAAGUUCUCUACAGAGAUGAGCCGUCGUGGUGGUUUGGGCGUCUACAGAACGGGGCAGAGGGGUACUUUCCAACCGCAUGUGUGACCAGACUGAACCAGAGUGAUGAUCAUGAGCCAGUGAAUGCCAAUCCAAGCUCAUUAUGGAGUUCAUCCAAGGAUGCAGCUCCUGAUGCCCCCUGUGGCUGCACAAGUGGUCGUAGUACUCCAAAGGUCCCCAGGCAUGAGAAAGAGAGCCUCUUCCGGGCCCUGGGACACGAGGCCUCCUCAAAGUCAGGCUCAGCCCACAGCUCCCCCAGCCUGCUGCACCGUGUGCUGUCCAAGGGCCACCGGAGGAAGAUUGACGCCCAGGGACUGGGAGAUGUAAAUUGCUCCAUCAAUGUAGCAUUCGAACCGGACUGAUUGUUUAUCUCUAAGAAUUGUAUUAUGUAUGUGCAGCCCUUUAUUCUGUGUUAGUUUCCAUGGCUGUUAGGUUCAUCAAAACUUCACAAAACCGGAGCUAUUAUAGCUGUCAUAUUUUGGGGUAAUAGUGAAAUAUAGAUCAUAAGCGUGUGACAUGUUGCACUACUUGUUCUGGAGUAUGUUGUUUAUCCUCUAUUUACCAUUGAGAUUAAUGGAGUACAGCAAAGUACAAGUUCUGUCCGUCUACUGUUAAUAGCCAACUGUGAUCCCUUAUUUGUUAGCUGUUUUUACCCCAUUGUUAUUUGCACUGUUGCUUCACUUUAAUUUGUACAUAUUGUAUAUAUUAUAUUUGAAAAAAAUACAUUGUAAUGCUACAUCA